AUGACCCUGGAAGUCCCCAGCAGCAGUGUUUCCGCUUUUGAAGAGUGGUAUGCUACGUAUAUGAGCAUGACAGACUUUGACGCCGACGAAGCUCUGCGCUCUCUGAAACUGGACCCAGAGGACCUUGAAGCUUUCGAAGCCGAGGUGGUUGGCAUAAUGAGGGAAGUGACUCUUGUCGGUGAAUUCUGUGUCACCUGCCAAGCCAUGCUGGACAACUGGCCAGAGUUUGACCGGAGAAACAGGCCGCGUGAAAACAGUAUAGCGCAACUGUCAAAAGCCCUGGAGAGGAAACUUCCAGCAUCUCCAGCCUCGCAGGAUCAUGAUGAAGGUCCCAGAUACUGGAGACACCGAGACCAUGGUAGGACCACAGAUUUAACAUGCCAGUCAAACCUUGUCAGACGAAGAGCAGCAGCCAAAAGUGGCUGUAGGUGCUGCUUAUUGAUCGUCGGUAGCAUAGAGGACGUUGGGAAAUUCGAAGACUAUAUCAAGGCCGACAGAAUCCUUCAAGAGCUUGGCAGAUCGUCCGACAUCCACAUGGCGCUCAGUCUCAAGCGGGAGUACCUGGUGCCAGACAGGUUCGACCUUCCAGACUCGUCGUCGUUGAAAGCACAGUCUGAGGCGAUGGAUUGUUUCGCUAACACUGUUGAUAGUGACGCAAGACCAGAAACGUACACCCUGCAGAUUAGCCUCCCAGGACGGCGGUGCGUAGAGUCCAACUCUACAAGCCAACCCUUGAUCCACAGCUUCCCCGUUAGUCACGAUUACUCCGUUCGACUUGUAUCAACCAGCGGGUGGACUGGAACUCCUCACUAUGCAACGCUCAGCCACUGCUGGGGUGGGCAGGGGUUCGAGACCCUGCUCUCGAACAAUCUUGAGCAGAUGCAUGUUUGCAUACCGGGAAACCUGCUCACCAAGACGUUUUCAGAUGCAAUUGAAAUUUCUCGGGGAGUGGGUCUUCAUUACCUGUGGAUUGAUUCGUGGUGCAUCGUGCAAGACGACGACCAAGACUGGGAAAUCGAAUCCGCCAGGAUGACUUCGGUGUACGGCGGCUCAGCUCUGAACAUCGCGGCCUCAUCCGCAAAGGACGGAACCCAGGGAUGCUUUCCACGUCCCACCGACCAUUCUGGCGGCUUCGAAGCCGAGGUUUGCACCGGUGGCCGAAAAGAAACGCAUCAUUUUAUGCCAUCUGGCUUGUAUAGGAGGUCUGUCAGUAACAACCCCCUUGCGUCGCGGGCAUGGGCCCUGCAGGAAAAGGCUCUCGCCCCGCGCACUCUACACUGCCUCGACCAGGGCAUGUUCUGGGAGUGCAGGACGACCAUGGCCUCCGAGGACUUCCCAGAUGGCUUCGGCGGGAGCGCCGCCGAGUCCCAUUUCGCCAGGCAGAGUCAGCUGCUACACCCGGAGCGGAUGGUUCGGUUCUCGUGGGCCUCGCUUGUGACUCAGUAUUCCGGAUGCGAGUUGACCUAUCCCAGGGACAAGUUGGUCGCCCUUUCGGGGAUCGCCCGCUUCGUAGGGGAUAUCAAUGAAGACCAAUACCUUGUCGGGUUGUUCAGGAAGACGCUUGAGGCCGAUUUGUGCUGGAAACCAGUUGUCCCGCAACGUAGACCUCAUUACCGCGCACCCUCGUGGUCUUGGGCAGCGGUUGAUGGACGUGUUGACUACCCACUAAAGCCUACCUUUGACCACAGCCCCUACAUCCAUGUGCACGCCAUCGCACUUGAAACCACAGGUCCAGACCCCUUUGGCCCGGUAACGGGUGCAAGUCUCACGCUUGGUUGCGACAGAAUUCGACGAGGCACUGUGACAGCUACGCAGCCGAGGUCAGCUAGCAGCCAAGGAGGUCUUGCAACUGAAAAUCUGCUAUAUGUCGACUUAGGCCACGAGGAUAUACUGUUUCCUUUUCAUUUGGAUUUCGCAGAGGAACAAGACAAACGGCUGGGUGAAGCGUUAUUCUACUUGCCCAUCCUAGCAGGAAAGAAUUGGCACUUCCACCCUGGUGUACACAAUGAGAGUGGUUACAUGGAUGAGGUCCAGACAAUAUUUGGCUUGGUCAUACAAGUGGCUGGUGAUUCCGGGGAUUAG